CGAAUGAAACGACCCAAAUGCAAGAAAAUGCCAAAACUCAAAUUAAAACAACAUGGGUUUUUCAAAUUCUUAUGAAAAUUCAAACCCCUUUUGCUUUCUUUUUGGUUUCCCACUUGAAAAUGCUUUACACUAACUUCUGGGUUCUCUUCGUUUUUGUUUUAUUUUUUUAAUUUUAGUUGGGGGUUCUAUUUUUUUCUUUUUUUCUUUUUUGUUCGCUGUUUAUUUUCGAUUUCACUUUUUAUAUUUUUCUACAGCGUGGAUCGUUUUUCAGUGCGGUCUCACUGUUGGAUUGUGAUUUCUCUUUAAGGUUUGAAAAUGUUUAAUGCAGCUUGAUUUUCUUAGUUGCAUUGGUGAAUGCAGACCUCAUGGCUUUUUGAUUUCAACUUGUGGGGUUCUAAAUUAUUAGUAAAUUUUAGAGGUAAUGAUGUUUGGUGGCUGAGCAAAUGCGAGAAAGUGAAAGAAAACUCUGCUUCGAGAGUUUAUUGUGGUUUAGAUGGUGGUAAAAGUUAACAGAAAAACGAAAAGAUAGGAGUGGUUAGACAUCUUUUAUAUUGUUCACUGUUCUUUAGCUGCAAAUCUUAGGGUUGUCCCCCCUCUCUAAUUGUCUUAAGAAACAACCUAGUGAUCUUUCUGAAACUUUGAUUUCGUUGGUUUGUAUAAUUUUCAUAAGUUUGAAUAGCGUCAUAGAAUAGAAUGAGAAUCUUUGGUGUUUUAGCUCUGGAAAAGUGCGAGUGAUAUUUUCAAUUGAAAAUAUUUGAUACAUCUCUUCUGCUGAUUUUGGGUCAUUUUCUUCCUUGUCGUGAAGUUUGUUUUCCUAACUGCUUUUUGUCCUACACUAAAAUGUAAUUGUUGUUUGUUUUCCCCCCGUGAUUUCGGCUGUUAUAAGUGGUGAAAAAAAUUAAUAAAGAUUUUUCUGCCAGGAAGAUGUUUCCUUUUCACAUUGUCUUUUUCGUUUCCAACCAAAAAAUUACACUUAUAAAAGCUAAGAACGAGGCUGAUGCUGAUGGGAAACUUGUGAUAUAGUCCAGUAACUGACCAUGUCAACCAGGCAAACUCACCUUCCUCCUCGUCCUCGCUGCCCGACUCAAAAGAAAACAUUUUCUGGUCCAAUUAAUGGUUCUAUUGCACCAACCCCACCUGUUAAUGAAUUCUCUCACGACAAUUCUUCAUUAAGUUCUGUGUUAGAGGAUGAGCCUGUAUGGCUCGGUGAAUUAUUAAGCGACUGUGAAUCAAAUUCCAUUGGACAACCGCUUCGACGGUCAGCUAGCGACUCUGUCACCCUUCUAGAUGGUCUUGCAGAUUCACUGAGGAGUAUGUGUAUUGCCAAAGAUGUGGAGAAUUCAGUUGGCAAUGAAACUUGUGAACAAUGGGAUCCAUCUUGCACUUAUGGACCUAACUCACCCAGGAGAAAAUGCAGUUCAGACUUUUCAAACCACAGUAUGGUUUCAGCAUUAUCAGAAUUUGUUCAUCUUCACCAUGCCGCUCCAGUGCACGCAGAUGCCUGUUCCUUUGCCGAGAACUCUUCUUCAAAUUUAAAUGGAAACAUUAAUGAAUCAGUUAGGGAUUUCAACACAAAUGAAAAUGCAGCAAAACGGCACAAUGGGCAGCGGUCAAGGGUUCGAAAGCUUCAGUACAUUGCUGAACUGGAGAGGAAGGUUAAUGUUCUCCAGACGGUAGAAUCACAGUUGGCAAUAAGAGUUGCUUCACUGCUUCAGGAACGGGUGGCUUUAUCAAUGGAGAAUAGCAAAUUAAAGCAGCAGGUUGCAAGAGUUCGACGUGAAAAAUUGACUUCAGAAGAAGGCGCUCACAAGCUACUGAAAAGUGAAAUCCCAAUCCAAAGAGGAAGAAGGAACAAAGUUGCCUCCAAAACCUUCCAAUAUCACCAAGUGAAACUUGAAAGGACAACGAAGCAAUGGUCAUCUUAUGGUUUCAACCAUCUGUAUCCCCAGAUUGAGUAUGAAAAGGGAAAAGUGAGGUACUUUUUUCAGCAACCCUUCUGUCGUGUUGAUGCUUCUACGAAUUGAAGGCAAAGAAAGUACUUAUACCUUCUUCCCUUACCUACCUUUCCAAACCAACUUACUUCAAGGAGAAGGAAUAACAACUUUGAUAUCUGACAUAUGGAGAGAGAAUAAAGAUUCGCAUGAAAAUGGGACUAGACUUCCCAAAUACCAUGGUCCUUAAUCCUUACCAUGCUGAUCUUCUUACUCUUUUGGAUUGUUAAAGCACUUUGUUAAUUUUGGAAAAGAUAAUCCUAUAUGAGAAAAAAUGUAAUUGAGGUUUAAUUUAUACGUAAUUCAGGAAUUAGCAGAAAAAACAGUCAAAUAAAUAAAUAAAUCAGAAUAACACUUGAAUCGCUAUAUAUAAUUUGGGUGCUCCAAUCCAAUCAUACUACUUAUUCACAUUAUGGCUGAACUCAAUUUUCUGAAUUUGAGGAAUGAAGAGUUGUGUUCUAAAAGUAACAAUUUGAGAAACAUUUGAGGCCUGAGGGUAAAGCAAACUGUGUAAAUGUAUGGGAGCGCUUCUAGAAAGAAAAAAAUAUGAUAUUCUUUCUCCAGCGAUUUAAAUUCUAAAAAAAAAAAAAAAAAGAAUUCGAAGUUGUAGACUGUGAUUGUGGGUUCUAUGGAGCAUUUUUGGGGGACAUGAGUUUUUCAUUUUAAGCAUGUGAAUGUUAGGCCCGAGGUUAAAUGGGGGAUUUAAAAAGGUUAGAUAGGUAACUUCAUCUGGAGUGCCAAGUUUAUAAAGUUUGGAAUUAGGAAACUUGAAUUUGGGGUGCAGGUAUUGGAUCCCUGGCGUUUGGAAAAAUGGAGGUGUGAGUUUAGCACUAUUUAUAAAUCCACGAUUUUGUUCAACAAACACUAAGUUUGUCAACUCAAGGAGUAAACAUGGUUUAACAUCUCAUGCCAAACCUAUCCAGAACCCCAUAUUAGUCUUACUCUGAUCCGUUUUUUUUUUUUGGUGUACAGCUAAGCAAGAUUUAACAGCAAAGAGAAAUUUUAGUCAUAUCUAUGAGUAAGAGUGAGGGACUAAAAUAAUAACCUCACAGGACUUCACUUGCUACUGAGAUUUCCACUCUGUUUAAAAAUCAGAACUCCCUAAAAUGGGAGAAUCUGAGUGUUUCUGCCCAUUUUCCUAUACUGGUCUCGCUGAUCAUAAUGGGGAGAAGAAUUUUUCUUCAUUUAGUCAAUGGAAUAACUUUGCUUGUAUAAGAUAUGUGUUCUGGAUGCCUAGAAAUAUCAUAUAUAG